AUGUUUCCUAGAGCUAGACAGAUUGCUAGCAAGGCUGUACACAUCGAGAGCGGUCUUGCCACUCCAUCAAUUCAUAUUUCACGAACUAUAAAGCCCAUAACACGUCUCCAGCACUCUCAAACUCAGCCGGUAUCCAACACGAUUACUUACGGCAACCCACAUCAAAUUUCAAUUCCCGCUAAACGUACAAGGAGUCCAAUACGGUUUGGUGGUAACGCUGCUAUACAGCCAAAUCUUCAAACCGACAACACUGUGAUUGGCCCAUCAGCUAGGAUAGAGAAUGGUAGACUGGUAGUUCGCUUUACAGAUGGUUUGGAAACUGCCUUCAACAUGAUAUGGCUCCGCGACCAUUGCCGAUGCCCGAAAUGCUACCACACAGUCACAAAACAGCGUCUCGUAGACACAUUCUCAAUCCCACGAGACAUACGCCCAUCGACGAUCCACGUCGAAAACACUGAACAUGUAGUGAUUAAUUGGAAUCACGACAACCACACAUCUACGUUUCCAUUAUCAUGGCUGCGUGAACAUUCGUAUGCUCCCAAGCUUGCUGCACCGAGAGUGACACGACAGAAGAAGUUAUGGGGUGCUGAAUUGAUUGAGAAUUUACCUGUAACUAACUACGAGGAUGUUAUGGGAGGUGAUGAAGGGCUUGCACAGUGGUUAUAUUGUCUAGACGUGUAUGGGUUUGGGAUUGUUGAUGGGUGCCCUCCUACUCCAGAGGACACUGAAAAGCUAAUUCAACGAAUAUCAUUCAUCCGACGCACACACUAUGGUGAUUUCUGGGACUUUACAGCUGAUUUAGAACAUGGAGAUACGGCAUACACUACUAUGGCGUUGCCAGCUCAUACCGAUAAUACCUAUUUUACCGAUCCUGCUGGACUCCAGGUCUUCCACAUGCUCUCCAACACCUGCCAAGGCGGCAAAUCCCUCUACGUAGACGGCUUUCACAUCGCCUCCCAGCUAUCCUCCCAAAACCCAUGGGCACACCACGCGCUCUCCACAAUCCGCACCCCAGCACACGCAGCAGGCGACAAGACCCAAAUAAUCCAACCAAACCCUUCCACAUUCCCCCUCCUAAACCUCGACCCCACAACACACGAACUUUACCAAGUUCGAUACAAUAACGAUGAUCGUAGCAUUCUGUCGAAUCUCUCACCCAAGGAAAUCGAACUGUAUUAUGACGCGCUGAGAGAGUGGAUUCGUCUUGUGCGUGCGCCUGAGAAUGAGUUGUGGAUGCAAUUGGUGCCUGGGAGGGUUGUUGCUAUGGAUAAUUGGAGGGUGCUGCAUGGGAGGAGCUCGUUUGGGGUGGGGAUUAGAAGGGUUGCUGGUGCGUAUGUCGGGAAUGAUGAUUGGAAGAGUCGGAUGAGAGUCGUGCUGGAUAGGUCUGAUGCGAGGGAGAGGAUAUAG